GCUCUAAUUUAUUGGACUUAUCUAUAAUCCAGACAUUAACACUUAAUUUAUAGGAAUACUAAAUGGUACAGCUGCGUUGAUUAAAAAAAAAAUUGAACCGGAAACUAAUUUGGUUACCUUGUCGCCACCAUAUUUUUGAAAUUAUUUUGAAAGGAGUUUUUCAAGUUUUCUGGCCGACAACUUCUGGUCCUAACGUUCCAAUUUUUGGAGCGAAAUCGAUCAAUCGAAGUACCAAAGUGGCAUGCAAGAUGAAUUAAUUGCAAAUACAUUUUUAACGAACAGACUUGAAUUGAUUAACCUAAUUAAUAAUUUAUUAAAGGUAUAUUAUUAUUUUGUGCUCGAAACAGUUGAAAAUUUGCGUUUGAUGAUUUCAAUUAACGAUUUUUUUUAUUAAACAGGUUGCUCAGCCAAGAAAUGAUUACAAGGAACUUCUCGACUUAUCAUUGAUUUUUCUUGAUGGUCUCCUAGAAGGUACAGCAAGUUUUAAAUGCCCAGGAGCAAUGCAUCAUGCACGAUGGAUGGCUAAAGCGAUUUACAGAUUAAAAAUCUUCAUGUUCAGAGGUCAAUUUUCACUUUCUAAACGAGAAAUUGGUAGCUUGCGUCAAAUAUGUACUUUUAUUAUUUUAAUUUACGUCAAAGUAUGGUCUACUUGUUCUGUGGCAAUCCAAGCGUCGAAUAAUGAUCUGCAACUGUUGAAGAAGUUACUUUUUUGCCCAGAAAUUCAAUUGCCAGUGCUACAGAAAGCUUUAAAAAAAUUAAGUGCUCAUCUAUGGUACUUGGAUGAAGAACUAGCAGCACUCGCAUUAUUUAAUAAUAAUAAUAAUAAUAAUAAUGUUUAUUCAAUUUAAAGAAAAAAUACAUUUUAGUAGAUACAGAAGUUUAAAAAAAUAAUAAAUAAACAUUCAUACAUCCGCUGAGACACGAUUGUGUCUGUGUG